AUGUCCAAUCCCAUGAACAUCGAACCCGAGCCCGAACAGGUGAGCCAGGGUAACAGCUCCUGGUUUACGAAGAAAAUAGGCAGAAAAUUGUCAUUGACCCGCUCCCCCAAGGAAACGGCACAAUAUACUACUGGGCAAAGUGAAGCAACAAACGAGGCCACUGGCCAGAGUGGUAUUGGUCAGAAUGCCAUGGAUCAGGGAGGGGAGGUCGAUAAAGACCUGACACCUGGAGAUGUCAACGAUCUCAAAGACAUGACUGGGAAGGAGGAAAACAUUAAGACUACCGCUAGCCAAGGUGAUGCGGCGGAGGCGAUUGGUCAAACCGGCUUGAACAAAGAUAUCAGCAAGAAGAGCAUUGACGACGUUGGCCAGCGACUCUUUGGCCAUCGGGGAAGUACUUUUGGACCGAAUAGCGACAUCAAAAAGGGUCCUAUUACGGAGGGAUCUGGUAUGGUUAUGGACCAGAGAGAUACAGGUCAGGAGCUUAUGGGUGCCACUGGCUCUGGCUCUGGAACUACAUCUGGAGCUGGAGGAAUGGGCACAAGCACUGGAGCUGGUCUGCUUGGAGCUACUACCGGAGGAACUGGUAUGUCUAAGUCUACUGCAUCAGAUACCAAAGAUACCAAUAUGUCUGGUACUGGAGGCAUGAGUCAAGAAACGACCGGAAGCCAAAACAUGAUGGGAAACCCCAAUGUUGCUGGCGGAACUUUCACCGAAAACUCAAUGGACCAGGAACUCGACAAUCAAGCACAUAUCAGCUCGGAUGUGUUUGGUGAUAAGAACGGUCUUCAAAAUACCUCGACAGGUGGACAUGUUUUUACCUCCCCAGGAAUCGAACAAAAGCUUUCUGAGAAGAGGAGACUAAGCACAGAAGGCAAACACCAUACGAAACAGAAGUCUAUGCGAGAGGGAGGAGGACCUAGCCAAAGCGCUAUUGGUAGCUCAACUCUCGGUGGUGCUGCUAUCGGUGGUGCUGCUAUCGGUGGUGCCAACAUGGGUGGCGCCAGUAGCACCGACAAGGGUGUCAUUGGCCAACAGCCUAGUACGACAGGACAGACAGGCAAAGGAAUGACAACACAGGCUCGCAUGUCGGGCGUGCCUGGCGGAGGUCUUACACAAGCUAUCGGUCAAAGGUCCUCCCGCAAAGGACUAGGCCAAAAUGGAAUGGGUGGAAUGGGUGGCAUGAACCAAGGCCCCAUGACCCGUCGCAAGCCCAUGCCAACCAAGGCGACCAGGUCAGUCGAGGAUGCUGGAAUGGCCUCGGGGACUUCACGGACCAUGAUGCCCCUGGGUAGCUCUAGUCACAAGGUGACCGUCCUGCAAGAGAAGGUUCAUGCUGUCUCGCAGAAGUGCAAAACCCAAUUGGGUGGCUCUGCCAGCGAGGUCAGUCAGCGCAGCCCUACUGUGGACGCUUUCUUCGAUUCAGUGGCGGCAGAACGUCUCCGCUGGAUGCCUCCCGAUGGAAGUAGACUUGAUUGCUGUCUUCGAUGGGCCUCCCGGCUGGCAUAUGCAGUUGAUAAUUUACGGGAGUCAAUCGGUGCUUUCGCUCCUGGAGCAAACGAAGCCGCGAAGCUGAUUUGGGGUUUCGAAACAAUGCUCCUGGAGUCUGAUAUCGACAACACAGAUCUGUUUGAAAGUGUCUUUGGCCGGUACGGGCGUGUUGCUGUGAGCAUUCGUCUGCUCCUCCAAUAUGAGAGUGUUUACAAGCCAUCUCCGGAGCUGCAGCCAGAAGCCGCUGCUGUAUUCGCCGAUCUCUUGGAGAUGGUCUGCAUUACUACCAUCAGCUGUGUUGAGGGCUUCAAGGCCAAGGAGUCUGAUGCAGUCAUCAGUCACAAUGUUGAUGCGGCCUUCGUGACUUAUGCUACCCGCUAUUCGACCCACUGGAAUGCUAUCGUCGAGGCUGCAACUUCCAAUGUUGUAAUGCAGAGCUCAUUGAUCUGGUCUAGUGAGGAGCUUGGUAGCCUUCGCCAGUUCCUCGGCGUACAGGACCGUCCUCUGCAGUUCAUCCUUGACUCCCGUAGUCAUACUCUGGCUGAGGGGUCGUUCGAGUGGUUCAACAACACCCUGUACGACUUCACUGUUGGCAAGCAUCCUGUCAUGCUGGUGACUGGCGGUGCCGGUUGUGGAAAGAGUGCUAUGGCACAGUGGACCGUCGACCGAAUGCAAGAAUCGUCCGACCACGAGGGCUGGAAUGUGAUUCCUUACACUAUUCGCGCCGAUGUUCCUGUUGCAACCUUACCUCUACGUAUCUUGAAAGGUAUCUUGCACCAGAUGCUGGACCACUGCGUCAUUGAAAAAAGUAUCCAGGAGGAUAUUCUCUUCCAUGUCGCCAAGGCUGCUCAGAGUGCACUUGAUGGUGCCGGAGAAGCAGAGGUUGAAGACAGCCUGUGGAAGGGCAUUCGCACUGGACUGGAGUCUGAUAUCCAGUACAUGUUCGUGGUUGAUGGUCUCGACCAAAUAAAGGGUGGAGACCCCGAUGCCACUGAAUUCAUGGACAAAUUCAGCGAAGUCUUGGCUGAGCAAAACGAGGGUUCAAAGAUGAUUGUCUUCACCCGCCCUCUGAAAUCGAGAAUGGGCUCAAAGAGUAUUCAACAUUACGCCGUACCGACAUCCAAGACCCAAGUUGAUAUGGAAGCCUAUGUCCACAAGAAGCUUUGUUCUGCAUUUGACUCUGAAAUCGGAAAGAGUGGUCAGCUCGACACGGCUGUAGAUACCAUCGUCAAACGAUCCCAAGGCUCCUUCAGCUGGGCGGAAAUGGCUGUUGAGUAUGCUCGACAGCAGAGAACUCCUGGCCAGGCUAUUCAGUCUGUACAAGGGCUGCCUCAGUCUAUGCAGGAGCUGCUUGACUUCCAUAUGAAGAACCUGGAUCUCAGUAAGAAUGAGGCCAAAUAUGUCCUGUCGUGGCUUGCUGUUGCUGAGCGACCACUGCUGGUUGAAGAAGUCGACAAACUUUUGGCCGUUGAUACGAAGACUAUAACCUUUAAGUCUAGCUUCGGUCACGAAAAUACUGGAUGGAGCAAGUCUUUGAGCCCUAUUGUGAUGACUCGCGAUGGGGUUGUUUCCUUCGCACACACCUGCAUUCGCGACCACAUCAUUAAUCAGGCUAGGUCUGCCAGUGCCAAAGCACCGCUCAAUCUGAAGGAGGCUCAUUACGACCUCCUCACCAGAUCCCUUGCAUGGGUACAGCUUAACGUCAAAGAGGAGACCGAUAUCUCUAUGGAUAAACUGGGUAUGGAAGAACGCAAUCGUCUCUUCGACAAACACGUCGUCCUCGAGUACACGGCACGAUAUUGGCUUUCGCAUCUUCUAUCUUCACAUUUGGUGACAGACGAGGGCGAAUUUUCCUUCAACGCAAGCUUCAGAAAGCUGGUCCCCGUGACCGUUCUGUUUGCACGUCUUGAAUUGACAUGUCGAGAAUCGCAGUUCACCCGAUCCAGUGUUGUCGAACUCUACCGACUAGCGACAGACAUUCGCCGCUUGGUCCUAGGCGAGAAGUCAAUGGCACUACUACAGAGCUUGCUACUCAGUGCCCGCGUGUCCAAAUUCGCCCAUGCUAGCCAUGCUGAUGAGCACUGUUACGAGGCCUGGAAGCUCAGCCAAGAGCUCCUUGGUCAGUCCGACACGAUCACCUUGACAUGUGCCGAGAUGAUGACCCAGUCGUUCACCGAGCGAGGUACAAUGACCUCCCAACAGGAAGACAUCAUGAAAUAUUUGAUCUUGACCGACUCGGAGAUCACCGGUGUUGAAUUCAAUCAGCGCUUGAAAUACCUCGGCAUGAUUGUUGGCAUGUACAAGUACCGUAGCGAGCAAGAGUCUGCUCUCACCAUCUCAAAGCAGUUCUACCAGCAGAUUCUCCAGAAAUACGGUUCAAACUCGAGCCAGUCUUCUGAGACUGCAGAUUUCUUGACCAGCGAGUUCUCUGCUACUGGUAGCGACGAGAUGAGCCGCGAUAUUGCGCGAACCAAGUACGAUACUGUGGUUCGUACGAUGGAGGUUACCGACGAGCGUCGCAUCAAGUACACCUUGUUCAUGGCCCAGCUGUACGAGCAGCAGGGUGAGAAGGCUCAGGCACAGGGUGUGCUCUCUAGCCUGUGGGCUGGUCUCAACUCCCGGGACAUCGACUCCGUUGACAUGAUGGACAAGAAGGCAAACGUUGCCCUUGUUUACUAUCAGUUCUUGCGCCGCCAGGGCAGAAAUGACGAGGCCGAGGUCAUUAUCCGUGAGCUUGUCGCAGACCUCGAGGUCACUGGGGUUCACUCGCCUGAAAUGAUGCAGCGUGUGCAGCUCCUUCGUGCCGAGACGCGCGAAAUGCAUAUGUACAGCUUGGAUCGCUCUCUGUCUAUCCUGAUGUGGCGUUAUUACAAGGAGAUGAACCAGGAAUAUUCCGCCGAGGCGAGAGUGCUGGCUUUGUCGCUUGCCGAGAGCAUGGCUAACACUGUCUCUAUUGAGGAUAGCCAUUCUCUUUCUGGAAGAGACCGCAGGCUGAUGGUUGAGCUUUUGGACUCCAUCACCUCAUCUUCCAGCAAUCUUACCGUGUCCACAUUGAUCCUGUGCCAUAAUUUGGCCAGCAUCUAUGUCCGCGAAGAGGACUGGGUUGAGGCCAGUGACUGUGCCAAAGCUGUUCUGCAGCAUGUGUGGCCCGCAGUCGAGCAGGCCGGAUCCCACAAGGCGUUCACGACCGAGUUGGCUCCUCCUGUGGCAGACCUGGCUUUGGUUCUGGCAUACUGCCACAUCCGCAGACUGCAUCUAGAACAGGCUACCAUUGUCUAUGAGAAUGCAUUCGGAUCUCUCAUCUCUUCUGAUAGAGUCCCGGUACCGUCGGUGUUGGCUGUUGCUAAGGCCGUUGUCGAAUUCUACGAAACAACCUUCCAGUUCACCAGAGCUCUGGCUCUCCUGCACUCUGUCAGUGAAUUUUUGACCACUCGAUUAGGCGAAACUCACCAGCAUACCAUCGAGAACUUUUAUCUCGAGGCUGCACUUGCCAACCGUCUGGAGAUGACCCACGAGGCCAAGAGCACGUACCAGCGCAUCUACAAGUGUACAACCCGCGACGGCAAGGUUGAUCCCCAGGGCUUCGAAGCUGCCUUUGCACUUGUGUCAUUAUACGAAAAGGAACUUCAGUGGGAUGCUGCUCUGGAUGUGUACCGCCACAUGUGGCCUACCGUUGUCAUCGAGGACAACAUGAAAACCACAUACGACCGCACCAGAGUCGAGAGAAUGUUGGAAAAGACCUACAUUGGCUAUAUGACUAUUCUCACUACACACUCCAAGAGUGUCGAUUUCUCUGAGCAGUACAAGGUCGCUUCAGAGUACGUGAUGACCUGUCGCAACGUCUACGGUCCCACGCACCAGAAGACACUGAGCGCCACUCUGCUCUUCGCCGAAUUAUGUGAGACCUCCGACUCGCAUAUCGACCAAGCUAUCUCGCUCUACAAGAAGCCCUUCCAGACCAGCGAGUGGAUAUCAACCUCUCAGUCCUCCAAGGGUCUCGACCAGAUGACUGCACCACUACCCAUCACGCUCAAGCACAAGCUCGCGCAGCUAUUCGUCCGCAAGCGCGAUUCAACAAUGGAAGCCCGCUCCCUCUACACAGAAGAAUUCCAGCUGGCAAAGAAGACAAAAGGUUACUUCUCCACCACAACGCUCUCCUGGCUCCGUGAGCUAGCCCUCGCGCACUCCCGCCAGGGCACGCCAACAUCCGUCCAGCAAGGCUGCGCCAUUGUCCACACAUAUGUGACGGACGUCCUCCAUGCCGGUGGCGAGUCGGAUUCAAUAAAAAAUUGGGCCCGCAAGGUCGCCGCAAUCUACCUAGAGUGCGGCUUCAUCGACGGUGGCAACAGCAUGCUGGACGAGCUUCGCCAGCGUGUAGUCUAUGGUUCUGAUACUUCGGUCAUGACACUCGGAGACCGACACGAUGCUGUAUUCGUCGCUGCAUUCGAGGAAGCAUUCGGUCGCCGCGCAACCUAUGAUCAGAUCAUGAGCGAGAUGGCCCGCGAGAUGCAGACACAGCAGACCUUUACCAAGAACCUAUCUGGUCACGACUUCAUCCCGACCCUCGUGUCCGGAGACCGUCUCGCAUACCUGCAGACAGAGCAGAAGCGUACGCGUGUCGCGACGGAGACCCGUACAAGACUGUACGAGUACUUCUGCACCACUCUAUCCGCGACUGCGAUUUCAGACCGCAAGAUCGUCAAGCAGUUCUAUUCUAUCUGUCUUCGCGAGGUCCGGACCGAGAACUACAACAUGGGUAUCUUGAACACGACUACCAGUCUUGUCCGCGACCUUUGUAAUGCAGGCAUGUUCCAGGACGCCAGUGACGUUACAGGUGUCCUGCAUUCAUUCCUACACUUGACAGACGGUCUAAACAGCUACGAAAGCAUCAUAACCGCCACGAAACUCUGUCUAUACCUAAGUGGACACCAAGCAACCCGCUGCGAAGACGACAAGCUCUACAGCGAGAUGUCCAUUAAAGCCAAAGACCUCCUCCAGGAACUCCUAUCCGCAUCUAAAUCCCUCGGAAUCGAAAUAGUCGACCUCCCCUUCAACGAGCUAAACGACAUUAUUACCCUACUGGGCGAAUACGAGAUGUUCGAGGACCUAGAAGCCAUCCUCACCCAACUCUGGACAUCCAGAAUCGUCCAACGAACCUGGACCCCAGACGUAGUCGUUUGGAUAGGCCGCCGCCUAGUCGAAACCCGUUUCUGCCGCGGAGCCAUCGACUCUUCGAUCCGGCUUUGCCGCGAUAUCUGCUACAAUCUGCGCCAAGUCUGGGGAAGCUAUGACAACGUCACGCUGGAAAUGACAAAGCUUCUUUCGGGGCUGUACACUGCAUCGGGAGAUCAUGCUUCUGCAGCUACGUUGCAUGAAGGUGUUCUUCAUGAUUUGCUCAGUGAUUCUGAUGCGAAGAACCAUCCGCAGGCAGCCGAUACGGCUAUGCAGCACAUGGAGUUGCUUAGUCGGGCUCAGAGUCGAGGAAGUGGAUUGAGUUCGAGUCGUUCGGGUGCGCAUGCGGAUUUGGUUGCGCAGGUUACGGAGAAAUUUGGAUUGAAGUCUGGACAGAUUCAGGGGGUUGGGGAGAAGCAGGGAGAGUCGUUUGGGGUUUGGUCUAAGCCUAGACGGUUUAGCAUUGAUAUUGAGGAUUUGGAUGAUCAGGGGCAGAUGCAUCAUAAUCAUCUGAGGGAGUCGAGUGGCAGUGGGAUUAUGGGUGGUUCUGGGGCUCGAAGGAUCUCGGUACAAGCGCUUUGA